AUGCCGGUUCUCCAUUUUAUAUAUAUGUGUUUCCUCUCCGAUGACUCGUUUUUCAUGACCAAUAAUCUCUUCCGCCGCCAGCAACAAAUUCUUUCCUACACCGGUGCGAUGUACUACCAUCCCGUUGGCGAGAAUCAUCAUUGUCAUGUUCAAAUCUUUGCUAAGAAGCCCAUCCCGCUGAUCAACACUCUGGAUCCCUAUACCUUCGCCUUCAUCGAUUCUGUGGAUCCAAUUUCCCUCAUAGACAAUCUUGGGUGGAUCCCAAUGGGGGAUUCCCCACCUCGCAUCUACUGUCAAGCGGCAGUUCGGGCGUUCUUCUCCAAUCUCCGAACAGAUGGCCUAGAGAUAGGGUAG